GCAGUUUUUAGUGUAUUAGCACGCCAUAUUGGUUUUUGUUUCGCCCUACAAGUCGUGGAAGGUUUGGGCGCCGCACUAGUUCGAAAUUCAUGGAAAAUUGACACCUUUUCCGCGAAAAAAUAGGUCAAUAAGAUAUACCUUGUUUAGUAAACUGUUGUAAUUAAAUCGAGUGGUUGGUUUUUCCGAAUAGUUUCCUGUUGGAUUCGUGUACGGAUCGGUUGUCUCGUUGUUGCGCGGUUCUGAUAUAUCUUGGUAUUUUCCUCGUUGAUAUUUCCCUCACGAAGCAAAUGUGUUCUAUCUUCUUUUUGUUCCUAUCAUAAUCAGUGACAGCGAGGAAAGGUGAGGUGCUACCAGAGUGAAUCAAGUUUUCUUCGGUUCCAUGGCCUUCUAUUUCUGAAUGGGAAUAUUUUCUCGCUUUGCUGGCUGAUGGUUCAUUAUCUGUGAUUGGAAAAUUAGCAUUCAAGCAGGCUUCUUGGGAAAUGAAAGUACAUGUGAAUCCGUUUAAACGAAAAUGAGCGUUCCAGACUGCUGUGAAUGUGAUUAGAAUAUAGGAUGUUAUGAGUGACUACAAGGAAGAAAAGAAAGUGUCGAAAUUAUAUUUUUUGUUUCCAUCUUUAUUUGAUCCCGUCGGUUUCUUUCCUUUUGCUUAAUAGCGGAUAGAGAUAGCUUACUUGUUUGGAUGUGUCCGAUAGCAGGUACUCUAGAAGCACGAAAAUUGAAAAAAAGCAAGUGAAACAUACACAAAUCCACAAAAGCAAAAAGUGAUAUAUUUCCCCGCCCUCCAACAUCCCUUCUAAGCAGUGUUUAUAAGUUCACUAAAGGGUGCAACCAAAAUUACUAACAAUAUCAAGUCCAUGAUAGAGGAUUACAAAUAUCAACUCUUCUUAAUCGAAAUCUAGAGUCAUUUGAAGCUACUAUCAACUGACAAGGCCCCUUUUGCCGUUUAUCAUCUACCAUUCGAUGUUGUCGCAUUAUAGUUAUUAGAAAUCCAAGCAGCCCGUCACUGGUUUUGUGGUGUUGUAGUUGACAUAGAGAGAAAUAAAACGGAACCGAAGAAAAAAGAAUAUCCUCGCGAGACAUUGCCAUCAUCAACAUCAUCGUCAUCGAUAUCAUCAUAGUAAUCAUCUGACCCUUAUCAGAGAUCUCAACAACCAACAACAGUAACAAAAAAAAAACAACAAAACUAAUAACACCACAAAUUGUAAAGAGUAGAAAAAGAAGGCUAGUCGGUGAGCGCGCAUGAGAGCGAACGAAAGAGAACGAAGCAGUAAUAAUUAUCAACGAGAAGUUCAAGGAAACAACAGAGACAGCGAUACAAAUGCACACAUUGAAAAGAAAUUUCUAGUAUAGAACGAGUAGAGUCGUGGCAAAAGCGCAGCAGGUCAACCAAACACAAGGAAACAGACAGAUAGGAACGGAUCAAGGAAAACCGAAGCAUUAUCCUCCCGGUUUUCCUUCGUCCUGUUGGUCGUGCCAUUUUCGUUAUCUCGGCAAUAUACAGCUGUUUCUUCAAACGGCCACAGGCACACAGAUAGUGCGCGACGGCAAUAAAAGCAACAGUAAAAAACAUCGACCAUCGGUAUUCUAGUCUGCAUCCACAACUAGUCAUAUCGUCAUUCGGGGCCGCAAUUUGGGCGAUGGGGCUCAUCGUUAAAUGGGCGACCGGAGUCUGCCCUUCCGGUGCACCAGUGAUACGUUCGUAGAGCAGGAAGUUGUUUUGUGCACGGAACAACUUCUAUCGCCAGCUAGCAAGUUGGAAUGUCCUGCAGCGUAGACGGGCUGCCGGCGGGGUGUCGACUCCGUGGCAUGGGCUCGACCGUUCAGAGCGGUCCGCUUAAUACGGGUUUAGGUGGAACGCAAGAUACAACAUCCAAUAUUGUGCCGCUACAACGACCACCGUCGCAGAAGCCGUGCUGCUUCUGCUGGUGCUGCUGCUGCUCGUGUUCUUGGGCUAAAUGUUUGGCUAUAAAAAACGCAGAAGACAACGGGCCUACGAAAAAAGACCCAGCUAAUUCCGAUACGCUUUUCGAAGGUGAACAGCCAAGCCUAGAGGAGAUCCGUAGCUGGGGCAAGAGCUUCGACAAGUUGAUGCGGAGUCCCAGCGGGCGAAAAGCGUUCCGGGAGUUCCUCCGCUGCGAAUAUAGCGAGGAAAAUAUCCUCUUCUGGCUGGCCUGCGAAGAGCUCAAGAAGGAAACUAACCCCGAGGCGAUAGAGGAGAAAGCUAGGUUUAUCUACGAAGAUUAUAUAUCGAUUUUAUCGCCGAAAGAGGUGUCGUUAGAUUCUCGAGUACGGGAAAUAGUUAAUAGGAAUAUGGUGGAACCGACACCGCACACAUUUGAUGAAGCUCAACUACAAAUUUAUACACUAAUGCAUAGAGAUUCGUAUCCGAGAUUUAUAAACUCAUCACAAUUCAAAACUCUGGCACAAAUACCGGAGGGUGUUUCGGCAUCUGGUUCUACGGCGGAGAGUCCUAGUAAUUAGAAGGAAGCGAGCGGGACUGCGCGGAUCGGUAGCUUGUAAUACUAAAUUAAAUUUUAUAUGUUAUCAAUGGUUAACGGACGGUGGAAAUGCUGGGAGGAAUCAAACGGAAAAUAUACAUAUUUAAAAGCAUUAAUCGAAGGUUCGAACAAUAAGAAAAUGAAGCGAACACGAACGGAGCAGUGUGCAGUUAGAUGGCGCAGAGUACUAGUGUUAGCUAUAAAGUAGUUGAUACAGAUUAACAGAGUACCCAUAUAGAAUGAACAACAAAAAAGGCAAAUAAAGUAACAUUUUAUAUAAACAUUAUACAACAUGACGAAAUGGAUCGAAAACAGUGUUCCCUCCUGGAGGAUAGGGAAGUGAAAAUUAUUCAGAUAUAAUACACGUAAAUUCACUGAUCAUUUUUAGCGUUACUGUAAAUCAAAGGUGGUCGUUAUUAAAGAAAUAAGAAGAACAAAUAAUAAUGAACAGAAAUGAAAUAACCCCAGAAAACAUGCUCUAAAACGAUGUAAUCAAUAGCCAAAUAGAAGGAUAACAAAAACAUAUAUACAAAAAUUAAAAACGAAGGAACCGAUUUUAGUUCAACGUAAAAAAAUCAGACCGACGGCAAUGAACCAGUUGUUAGGGAAUUUAGUUCUCUCACUCCCUCUAUUUCUAGCCAGAGAUCCGCGUCCCGAUUUACUGUUCUUCGGUUCAAACACUAGCUGUUUUGUGCGGUUUGAAUUCAAACUCUAGACUAAUACAUGGUUUAUCACGAGAAAAGAAGCGGCACACAUCAAAAUAACAUUCUCAGUCACGCACCCACAGAGAUUUAGUCACACUAAGAGUAGCCCCCCAGAGCAUUAUUUUUCACAUUUAGAACAGAGAAAAACCAAAGCAAAAAUGUUAUCGAAAAAAGUGUUACAAUAUUUUUACACUGUCUGUAUGUGGAACGCGAAGCACAAAGUUUAAUGUAAGACCUAAUCAAAUGAGUGAAGUGAUGGAAACAAUUUUGUCUGUAACCUGCACUUGUCCUUAUCCAAAGAACCCGGACGACUAAUCAAUUGCUUUAACAUGUUCUGUGUUCCGUCGAAACAUUCAAGUAUUAAAUUACCGACAUUUCUCACUCGUAAGCCUAAAAAUGACCACUGUUUAAGAUACACUCGAGUAACAAUCGUUAAAAUACUACCUACUGAGAUAUGACUGUUAUUUAUUUAUUGAUCGUUUUUCGCUUGUUUCUUCUAGUGUCUAUUGAUUAGCUAAAUUCUUAACUUAGAUUUUCUCUUUGUUAAAUUUAUACAAUGGCCUAUUUGAGAUUUUAUAAAACUAGAACGAGAAAUAUAGAUUUUUUGCGACCGACUGUUAGAAAACAAAAUAAAUAAAGAGUUAUUCUAGUCAAAAUGAGAGUGAAGGCGUUUAUAACUUAGGACUAAUGUAAAGCAGACGAUUUUCUGCAAACGAGGUCUAAGAGAGCACAAAACCUUCAAAAAUCCUCACAAUUCAAUUUCGGUCAGCAACACUGAUGAACUUACUAUCCAUAUAUUUUUCUAACAAUCAAUAGCUGUUCAGUCAAGGUCCAUACAUUCACACUCCUUGUUGGUAAAACUUUCCUCAGAAAGAAACAUGUUAUCAUCGUUGUUCCCAACCUGCAAAAACAGAGAGAAAAAAAACAAACAUCAACGUAAAUAGAACAAGAAAUUCACUGUAUGGCCCAACUACUGUACUACUAUAGGUUAGAUUAGACGGAGUAUCAAAUUUAUGAGAGAGAAUACAUCUAAUGUGUAAGCAUUUCCUGUGCACAGAGCUCCUCGGGCAACUUCCCAUCCAUUCAUGGUAAAUUCCACGCCAAUUAUUUUAUGUGACAAAUUAUGUUUUCGUUACAGUUUGUAACAACAAUCAGUCCUGUCUUUGAUUGCAAAUCGAUUAUCGUUAUGGCAUAAUUUUGUAAUGAUGCUGAAGAUUAGUUAAAAUUGAUUCGCUCAUGUUAAAUUUUCAAUGAAACCAUCUCAAGUAAGAAAUUCUAUUUCUUCAACUAAUUGCUAAUCAGUUAGCAUCGAAAAUUGCUCUUGAUUUGGCAAUAAACUGUUUAUCCCUACAUCAUGUACAGCUAAGAAGGCUAACCUCAAUUGAACAUUGAACUUUUUCUUUGUUAUGAUUCUGGAUCUUCAUCUUCACUGAAUAUCACUAAUUAUAUUUUAACAAUUUGUUCGUGACCUGUUCGCAACGAAACUUGCUCUAGCUUUGAUAGCCAACAGCAGCAAAAUUUACUGAUAAUGAUGCUAGUAUCUUGUACAAACAUUUUUUUUUUCAAACAAAAUCGUUCAUCAAUCUCACCGUCGUGCAUUGGCCCUCCUAGCGGAAAGCUGACCGUCGAGCUCUGUGCUUCGACACGCAAUAAAAACCAAACAAAAAAUAAAAACUAAGGAAAACAAGAAUAGUCCAACAUAUACAAAUUUGUGUGUAAAAACGUUCUGUUAUCAAUUAUUUAAAUAAUUUAAUCGCUUUCAGUUCUAUAAAAUGUAAUUAAAUCAAGCAAACUUUUAUAAGAUAAACAAAAUAAGAAAUGAGAAAAAAAACUCGCCUGCAUUCAAACAAAACUUUUAUACGAAUCAAAGUUUUACAAGAAAUACGUGGAAACGAUGCAAAUCAAACGGCGAUACCGAAAUUCGUAGGAAAGCGAACAGCAAAUCAACAACCGUUAGACGAUGAGAGUAAAAGAAGUCUUAGAAUGUUUCAGUUUUCGUCAUCUUCAUAAUAGCUGGUUUGUGUUUCGAGUGUUGCGUUGUUUAGCCGUUCCUUUCCCCAUCUGUACAAUCUGUGUCCGCGUAAGUAACAAAGAAAUAGUUUUAGAUCACACAUUUGUAGUUUCAUCUUUUUUUUUGAAUUUAUUCGGACGAACAGAAGUAGAACUACAGGAGAAAACAUAAUUUCCUUACUUAGAACCUUUCACAUAGUGUUUAUUCCAGAAUGAACAGAUAACUACUUCAACAAUUAGCUGAGAUUAGUAGGUAAAACAUGAAAUAUCGCAAAAAAACUUGUUGUUUAUACUUCGAUUUCAUAUAAAAAAAGAAGAAAAAAAAAAAAUUAUAAAACCAAAAAAGUAAAAUUAACUUAUAUGAAUAUGCACCAAACUGAAACGGUAAAAAGUAAAGUGAAACAAGUAGGUUUUAACGAAUGAAAUGAAAUUAAAAACAAUUGAGAUAAAUCCCCCUCAAAAAGAUUAAAACAAUGUUUAACAUACCAAAAGAAACAUGCGAACAUGCAUACUAGUGAUGUACCGAUUUUAGUUGUAAUAAAGCAAAGGAAGGAAUGCUAUAAUGAAUUAUAGCGAAAGAAAAACCAAUCACUCGUUUUUAAGUUUAGUUUUUUUAAACGCAACAUAGCUAAAUGAUUGAAAACAAGCAAAAGGCAGCCGUUCGACCAAAAAUAGCGGGAGCCCGAAACUAUACACACACAGACACAGACACACUCUAAUCAUAUUUGGAAAGUAAAAUAUAAAACAUCGUAACUCUAAAAUA